AUGACUGAAAGAAACGGUCAAACAAAGCUAGCGUUGCCGUCGAACGCUUCAGAAGGGACGGCCUUAUCAGAGAAUGAAGCGGAUUCUGGUGUUUUGGUGGAUGCGUUGCCAUACUUGGAUACCGAUUAUACGGAAGCCGACCGGCAAAUGGCCCUGCAGAUGGUUGAAAAUGAAUGUCGCACGUUCAGACCAACAAAAAACUAUCUUCGUUUCUUGCCUGCACCGGACCUGGACGCUUUCUUGACGCCUUGCAUGCUCAAGGAGAAUGCAAGAAUGGCCAAAAAACAGGAAAUGCCGAAGUUGGAUAUGUCAAGAUGUGAGCUGUCAUGCCCGUCAACUACCGGUCGACAAGGCGAUAAAACCUCAUGGCGAAAGGCGAUCUCUAAUGCAGCAGCACAAAAUGAACACCUCCGUUUGCGUAAUCUGAAUUUGCAAUUGAUGGAAGAAUACACACCCGAGACAAUGCUUCGUUUCAAUAAGAAUCUUGAGUGUGUGCUGCACAAUGGCGAGAAAGAGUUACGGAAGAUGCGAGAAGAUGUAAUGAACAUUCACGCACGUCGACGAGAUAAUCAGAUGGAAGCUGGUCGAAAGUUGAAGGAAUUGGAGGGUAAAUGGGUCGAAUUGGUUACCAAAAACUAUAAGAUGGAAUUGGCUUGUGGUGAGCUGGCGACUGAUAAUGAGAUUCUAGCGAAGAAAGCGAAACUGUCUUCUUGA